GUCAUCUGUUUAACGUUUGUAAACUCGAAAACAUAAAUAAACAAAAACGCUUUAUUUAAAAGCAUCCACAAUAAAAAAAAACAUGACUGAUACUGAUGGUAAUACGUUGUUUUUUAUUAAAAAGCAGUUUAUGUAUUGUGUCCCACUAAAGCAAUUUAAUUGGAAGAAUUUGUUUGAAAAUGUCUCCAUAGAUGUUCAAGAAGUCCUGACUAAUAACACAGUUAAUAAUUCAAUCUUAAUUAAGUAUCCGAUUAAAGCAAGCUAUCAAACUGCGUUUUUAAAAUUUAUUAUAAACAAUUUAGAGAAGAAGAAAACUGAAAUCCACGACUGUGUAUAUGAAGCUUUGGGACGAACGAUGGCGCUGCCUGUCCCAUCUGCAUAUCAUUUUAAACAUUUUAUAUUUCAAAAUUUAGAUCCAAUUAUAAUACAAGAAAGCACAAAUAUAAUUUCAAGUGGAACUACAGGACUUAGCGUUUGGGAAGCGUCUGUUGUUUUAUCAGAAUGGUGUAUAGCAAACAGGGAGAGAUUGAAAGGAAAAAGUAUAUUAGAACUAGGAUCUGGAUUGGGAUUAACAGGAAUUACAAUUUCUCGAUUCUGCAAUCCAAAAAUAAUACGGUUCAGCGAUUGUCAUCAACAAGUUUUCGAUAUUUUGUCGCGCAACAUAAAAUUAAAUUUGGAAAAUACCUUGUCGACAUCUGAUAUGUCUAAAAGUGAAUCUCCAGUAAUUCAAAAAUUUGUUAGUGAUAAUCAGAUAGUAGAAGUGCUAAAAUUAUUUUGGGAAGAAAUCGACGAAAACUUCUGUAAAAGUAAGGAAAUUGACUACGUUCUUGCAGCGGACGUCGUUUACGAUUCAUCCAUUUUUCCAGUCCUUAUAAACGCUCUAAAGCUUCUUAUUUAUUAUUGUAACGUAACAGUAAUUUUUGCUUGCACCCAAAGAAACCCAGAAACUUUGGAGUCAUUUCUGAAAACUGUCGUCGACAAUUCACUUUCACUAACUAAAUUAAAUGUUCCCGAACAAAAAGAGUUCAUCUGGCCGAAUGACGUUCCUGUGAAGAUCUUUUGUAUUCAUCGCGACGAAGUGAAAGAUUUUAACAUCGGAGUCAGUCAAGUUGAGUGAAACUUAUGGAUUUUUCUUUAACAUUUCAGCAUUCCACAUUGUACAUACAAAUGUAGGUAAACAAAAUAAAUAAAUGUACUGAUAAGUCA